AUGGUCAAGAGCAAGUCGCUCUCAGCCAAAGACAUCUGGGAGAAGUUGAAACAACACCACGAAGGGAACACCGAUCCGUUCAAGAUUCGCACGCUACUCUACGAGAUUUCGAAUGCAUCGUACGAUGAGGACACCAACCUCGGCGAGUUUCUCAAGGGCAUCACGGACAAGGUCGAUCAACUCGAAGAUCUUGGCCAGAAGUUCAAGGAUGAAGCCAUCGUCGCGUUUAUGCUUCAAGCUCUACCUCCCUCAUACGAGAUGCUCAAGCAAGCUAUAAAGCUCAGCGAUAAGUGCUCGGUUGACUACGCCGUCAAUCGACUUACCGACGAGUACAGUGAAUGCAAGCUCACUGGCAAGUACGACAAGUUACUCAAGAACGCGGGAGCGUUAGCGGUUCGCGAAGGCACGCAAGUCAAGCGUGAUCCGAACUGCAUUUGUCGUGGUUGCAAGGGAACCGGUCAUUACCAAAUCGAUCCGGAAUGUCCCAAGUACGAUCCGAACGCCAAACGCGGUCGUAACAAGAACCACAGCAACAAGAAGAAGAAGCAACAUCAGCAUUCCAAGGGAUCUGCGGAUUCGGAGGAGUCGGCUUCUUUUGCGUUGGUGGUCAAGUCUCUCGAGGAGAGCCAUUCGCUUCACAUCAACGUCGCGAAUAGGGUGUCACAGAACGACCAGAGUGAGAUCUGGAUCCUGGACACCGGUGCAAGUCAGCACUACGUCGGCAACGCAAGUCUGCUUACCGACCGUCAACAUGGAAGUCUGAAUGUUCAAACCGCGAGCGGUCAGGUAGCACAUUGCGACACGUAUGGUACGGUACGGUUCAAGUUGAGAAGCGGGGCCUCGCUCUCACUUUCGAACGUCUACCAUCUCCCGGGCGCUCCGGUGAACCUCGUCUCGACUCGUGCUUUAUACCGAUCAGGAGCUAGUUGCGGAUGGGAAGAUGGCAGGGAUGUCAUGACGAUCAAGAUCAAAGGGCUUACCGUAGCGAAGAUGCUGAACGGUACCGGUUACACCCUCGACUUUACGCGCAUUGUCGAGGACCAAGCUCAUGUUGCAACUCGUGCAACAGUGGGAGCGCCUUUGAUGGAAUGGCAUCGUCGCUACGGCCACAUUGCCGUGAGCUCGUUAAGUCAGGCGCUGUAGAUGGACUAGUUCUCACCGACGAGAAGGUCCACGACUGCGAGCCCUGCAUCAGUUCCAAGUCUCGCACAUCGAAGUUCUCCGAGUCGGUUACCCAUGUCACCAAUGUCCUUCAACGCGUAUUCAUGGACAUCGGAUUCGUCGCAGAAGAUCAAGUCGAUUUUCAAGGUCGAAAAGCAUACCUGGCUAUUGUAGACCAGUACUCGACUGCGAAGUGGAUGUUUCCGUUGAAGACCAAGUCGGCCGAAGAAGUCACUCGCGUAUGGAUCACAUUUCGACAAGGUGUCGAGAAGAUGACUGGUCGCAAAAUCAAGCGCGUUCGCAUGGACAAUGGCAAUGAGUUCACCAACAAGCUCAUCGGCGCAGAUUUCCAAAGUCAAGGAAUUCUCCAUGAGACCUCAGCACCGUACACCCCGCAACAGAAUGGAACGGUUGAACGCUUCAACGGCUCGUUGAUGGCGAUCGUUCGUGCGGUCCUUGCAGCCUCCAAGCUGUCCUGGAAGUACUGGUCUUAUGCGAUGGAGUACGCCACGUUCGUCGCGAAUCGGGUCCUACACUCCAAGUUGGAUGGCAAGACGGCUUACGAAGUUUUCUACGGAAAGAAGCCCAAGGUCUCGCACUUUCGUCCAUUUGGAUCGACUGUCUUUGCGCAAGUCCCCAAGUCGAAACGCUCUAAGCUCGAGCCGACUUCAGUCAGGGGAACGUUCAUCGGGUAUGGCAAUGAGUACAACUAUCGCGUGCUCGUCGACUCCGAUUCGGAACACAAGGUGAUCAUCACACGCGACAUCGCGGUCUUGAACCUACAACCAGAGGAGGUCCGUGCACCGGAGGUCACGACUUUGCUCGAGGGGCCAGAUGAAGAUGAGGGUCCCGUCUUGGAAGGCAACGAUGCCGGAGACGAACUUCAGGAUGAGGUUGCUGGAGAGCAGAUAGCCCCUGCUCGUCCGAACCGUCCUCAUUGGGAAUACGGAGAUCCCGCGGUUAGGGGUCGAAACCCAGGCAGGUUUGAGGAGAUCGACGCAGGCAACGAGAUUCAUCAGCGUACUCGUGGCCACAGGCGCAUCGCGGAACAACAAGGUCUCUUCGUCACAGAGAUACCCGAACUCGAUCCCGAACCACCCAUCAUGUCUGGCUAUGCAAUGAUCAGCACGGAUCGUCCGGCCGUACCCAGCAGCUACGAAGAAGCGAUGAACAGUGCCAAAGCGGACAAGUGGAAGGAAGCUAUCCAGGACGAACUCAAUGUGAUGGAUCGUCAUCAAGUCCUUGCAGACUCAGAUCUUCCCCACGGUGCUUGCGCUCUCGGGUCGAAGUGGGUUUUCGCUCGUAAGGAGAACGCUCAAGGAGAAGUCAUUUGUUACAAGGCUCGAUUGGUCGCGCAAGGUUUUGCACAGCGAUCUGGCAUCGACUACAACGAGACUUUCGCUCCCGUUGCUCGCUCUACGACGAUUCUCUUUCUCAUCGCCAUCGCUGCAUCCCAAGGACUGUGCCUCGAACAAUUUGAUUACGACUCAGCGUUUCUGAACGGAACAAUGACGGAGAUGGUCUACAUGAAGUAUCCCAAGGGUUGGGAUCAUCCUCAGCUUGGCCAAGUCCUUCGUCUUGUCAAAUCAAUGUAUGGAACGAAGCAAGCUCCUCGAGAAUGGAACUCGGCAGUCAACAACCUCAUGGUCGCUUGUGGUUACUCGCGAUCUGACGCCGAUUCAUGUCUCUACUUCAAGUGUGUCGAGGAGAUGUUCGUCUACAUUACUCUCUACGUCGAUGAUGGACUCGCUGCCUCGAACGAUCAGAUGUUUCUGGAUUCGGAGAUCCAAGCUUUCAACAAGGUGUACCAACUCAAGCGACUUGGUCCUGUGAAGGUGUUUCUUGGUCUCGAAUUCCUGCGGACGUCCAAGUUCAUCUUCGUGCACCAGUCCAAGUACAUCAGGAGCCUCGUCGCUACGUAUGGCGGAGAUCACGGAUCGAAGCACCCAGUGAAGGUCCCGAUGGAGCCCAGGUCGAACAUGGAACACUCGACGGAGCCGUUCGACGACAUUGCACUCUACCAGUCAGCAGUGGGAGCUUUGCAGUUGUAA